AUGUCUUCGAAGAUAUCGUUUCCCAUCCGUAUCGUUCUCGACGCCCUGAAGACAACCCGACAGCGACCGACCUGCGAAUGCAUACACACCCGAACUGUGAAUCGCAAACUAUCUCGACAAGCUCGAUAUGUAUCGACAGCUAGUGCACAACGAUCCGAGAUGGAGGUUGACUCAGACCGUCCUCCGCGGUGGGCAUCGACGCCGGCCGGCAUGAAAGCUCCCGUGCGUACGAGACCAGAGCGACCGACCCUGAAAGUCAACACGGAUCAGAGGAAACUCGACGAUGUAUACGUGAACAUCCUGGGACGAGACGGAGACAAAAUGUUAUCAGAAGAGACGAAAUGGCUAGCGGUGACAAGCAAGAGCUUCGACCACGGUCGCAGAGGGUUCAAUGACCGCCUGGCAUUUUUUGGCAAACGCAUAGUCGAAUUACAAUGUUCGCUUGGUCUGCUGAGUGUCUCUGAUGCCGCUGCCUUCCUCAAAGGCCAGGAUCAGGAUACACACGGUCGAGAACCUUUUCGGCACCCGGCGAUCGAGGCUGUUGAAUGUCUCUUGGGAGGAGCCCAUGAUUACUUCACACAUCACAAGGCACUGUCGAACUUGGCUACACAGUAUGGACUACCUGAAGUAGUGCGUUGGCACCCAAAAAACCCUGAUCGACUCGAAGCGUCCGGUGCCGACCUCGUUUAUGCGCAGGCCCUUUUGGCCAUCGUUGGUGCAUUGGCACUCGAGCAUGGAAGCGCAGUUGCGAACCGCAUUGCAAAAGAGAGAAUACUGGUGCCCAUGGGCUUGAAGAGAGACUGGACGCCCAAAGUCAAAGAGCCGGAAAAGACUCCCCCAUCCUUAUGA